AUGGGCGUGACCACCGUGGAUGGAGUGGUUGUCAAGACGGUUCCAUCCCCCUACUUCCUGGUGGACAAAGUGUCGAUACAAUCGGAUGAAACAGUGGUUCCCCCGAAUACCUGGAACCUGUGUUUGGUGACUGAGCCCUACGGUGGCCCUGAGAUUCAGUGUGUUGUCCUUCUCCUGCUGCCCUUGCUGGGCCGGUGUGAUCUCCAGUGUGAUCACCAUCUCACUGACUGUGCAGACCUGCAUCCUAGUGGGGUGGUCAGUGGGGUUUACACAAUCUACCCAAAUCACUCUGCCGUUAGAGUUUACUGUGACAUGGGCUCUCAAGAUAACGAGGAAGAUGAGGGAGGAUGGACUGUGUUUCAGAGGAGAAUGGAUGGUUCCGUGAACUUCUACAGGCCCUGGAUCCAGUAUAAGGAAGGGUUUGGGAAUCUCUCCAGUGAAUACUGGCUGGGAUUACAGUCACUUCACCAACUCACCAAUAAUAAGGCAUACGAGCUGAGAGUGGACAUGGAAGACUUUGAGGGCAACAGGGUUUUUGCCAGGUACUCCAACUUCUCUGUGGCAUCAGAGGAAGAGGGGUACAAGCUGACCGUGAGUGGCUUCACCAACGGAGGUGCUGGAGACUCAUUGACUUACCACAGUGGAAGUAAGUUUAGUACAUUUGACAAGGACCAAGACAGUUUUUCUACUAAAAACUGUGCCAGCUCAUUUCUCGGAGGGUACUGGUAUCACCAAUGCCAUGCUUCCAAUCCCAAUGGGGCUUACUUGUGGGGCUACACAAAACAUGAAGGAUUAUCUGUGAAUUGGCAUGCCUUCAAAGGGUACCGUUAUUCACUGAAAUUCUUCACUAUGAAGAUUAAACCUGUGGCUUAG